CCAGCAGAGGUGGAGAAAAAUGUUCCUGUCACUCCCUACGAUGACUGUACUUGUUCCGUUGUUGUCUUUAGCUGGCCUGUUUUAUUCAGCCAGUGUGGAUGAGAACUUUCCCCAGGGCUGCACAAGUACAACAAGCCUGUGUUUCUACAGCCUGCUGCUUCCAAUUACGAUUCCUGUUUAUGUCUUUUUUCACCUUUGGACCUGGAUGGGCCUGAAACUCUUUCGUCACAAUUAGCUCAUGCUGAAAUGCAUCUGCCUCUCAGGGAGUGCACACUAAAGAAUGUAGUGAUGCUUCUUUUAAUCUCUUAAAUCUGAAGCAACGAGGAACAGUAUAUUAAGUAUAUUUAAAUACAUGUGCAUCAAAGCAUAUAGAGGACUUCUGAGAUUUUAAGGAGAUUUCGGUACAGAUGCUUCUAUGGCAACCCAAUACAGAACUUCUGGCACUAAACUAGAUCCAUGGCCAAAGAAGCAGCUGUGAGGUGAUGCACACAAGUCUUCUGUUAACAGUAUACUGUAGGUCAAGCUAGACAAGGCAGUCUGCAUAGACCUCUCUUGAUUUCUAUAACCAUUUGCUGUGCACACGAGGGUCAGCUGAAAAGUCAGCUUUGGGGGGACUAGAAAGGACAGAUGCAUUCAUGCAAUCUUUCUUGUCCCUGGAAAAAAAGCCCUAUAGGGAGGUAUCCCGAGAGAGAGCUUCACAUUUUAUCAGUCCUCUAAAAGACAGUUAUUUAUUGUCUUAUCUGUAACACAGUUCUUUGAUGGAAAGGCCUUUCAUGUAGGAAUUUCAUAAUGUCUAACAUUUCCCUAGGCAUACUAAACAUGUUCUCAAGUGACUGUUUAAUGUUAGAAAUGGUGGCAACUAAUACCACACAGGAUUUUGCUGUAAUUAAGCUGUGCUGUUGUCAUGUUUGCACACUAUAGGGCACAAAGAUUGAGGCUGACAUAUUGUGCCAUGUCAUUAAUAGAAUAAAACAUCUUUGAACAGUG